CGAGGAGGGAGAGUUGAAGACACCGUCGUCUUCGAGAAGUUUCCAAUCGCCUCAGGCAAAUGGAGGAUUUUAGUGUGGAUGAUCCCUCAAAUCCCUUCGCCCGCUUCGCAUUCACAGGCAAAGUUGAUCCAUGGAAGCCGGGAUUUGCUACCCGUACUGCACCAUCCAGGCUAAUACCUGUUAAUAAUAACUACAAAGCCAACAUGCCUCCUCUUUCGAAGGGUGUGGUUAAGAAAAAGCGCGUGGGUGUAGCUAAGAAGAAUGGUUUGGACAAGAAAAAGAGUGUGGGUGAGAAAAGGUCAAAACCCAAACCUCUUAGAGCUGAUGAGAAAAAGAAGGAUGCCUACAAAAGAAAAGCUCCUGAUAACACUUGGAAGCCCCCACGAUAUGAGCCUCCUCUUAUCCAAGAGAAUCAUGCUCAUGACCCUUGGAGGGUGUUGGCUAUAUGCAUGCUGCUAAAUUGUACCACUGGAAAGCAGGUUAAAGGAAUUAUUUCAAAUUUUUUUGAUCUGUGUCCGGAUGCACAAACAUGCAUUCAAGUUUCUUCUAAUGUAUUAGAAGAGGAAAUUAGAAGUCUAGGUUUGCAACACAAAAGGACAGAACAGUUAAAACGCUUUUCUCGAGAGUAUUUAGGAGAAAAUUGGACGCAUGUGCCCCAACUGCAUGGUGUUGGCAGGUAUGCAGCUGAUGCAUAUGCGAUAUUUUGUACUGGGAUGUGGAAUGAUGUGGAGCCGAAGGAUCAUAUGCUAACUCGUUAUUGGGAGUUUCUUCGGGGAACCAGAGGAACAAAAAACCGGACCGGACAUCAAACCGGUCGAGAUAGCGGGUCAAGGGUUACUGGUCGAACCGAGGUUGAACCGGGGUCGGACCGGUCAUAUUAA